AUGAUGGGCCAGCCAUCAGCCUGUGUAUUGGCCAUGAAAAUGUAUGAGGAGCAUAUGAAACUUCCUCAUUCAAUGGAUUCAGAGACAUCUCCAGUUCUAAUGGACCCCAAUAGGAUGGCCCUUCUCAAGUCAGCAACUAAUCACCAAGGGGUGAUUAAGAAGUUGAUUUUCCCAAUUGAUGUUAUGGUUGUGUUACAUGCUACGAAAAUUAUAGCAAUCACAGGAGUAACAUUGUGGAGGCCCAUAUUCAAGUACAGUGCCUACUGA